AUGUCUUUGGUUUUACUUCGACCUUUCUUUUUUCUUUUUCCUUCUUUCUUUCUUUUUCCUUCUUUUUUUCAUUCUACUGCUUUCACUUUCCCUUUAAUUCCUUUUCUUUCUUUCUUUCUUUCUUCUAUUUCUUUCUUUCGUUCUUUCAUUCUUUCUUUCUUUCUUUUUCCUUCUUUCUUUCUUUCUUUCUUUCUUUCUUUCACUUUCUUUAAUUCUUUCUUUCUUUCUUUCUCUUUCACUUCUUCUUUAAUUCUUUCUUUCUUUAUUUCUUGCUUUCUUUCUUUCUUCUAUUUCAUGUCUUUCGUACUACUUCGACCUUUCUUUCUUUCUUUUUUCCUUCUUUCUUUCUUUUUUCCUUCUUUCUUUCUUUUUUCAUUCUGUGCUUUCACUUUCCGCUUUAAUUCUUUCUUUCUUUCUUUCUUUCUUUCUUUCUUUCUGUGCUUUCACUUUCUUUAA